UCCAACGCAGACACGCCCUUUCUCUCUCUCCCUCCACCUCAAAACCAAUAUGUGAUUAUCGUGCUCCUCCUAUCAAUCCGCUCUUUAUAUUUUUUCUGAACUUCACGCUGCUUCAGUGCUUGUUUCAUUCAACGCUUCAAUGGCAACGACAACUAUUCAAACAACUCUAGCGACAACAACCACUCCGCCUAAACAAUCUAAACAAGUUUGUUUCUCUUUUGCUGCGUACGCCAAGAAUCUUAUCUACCAUUUACAAUCCCUCAACGUUCCAAUUCUUCCUGGCCUAAACGACGACGAAUUUGCUUACAUCGAAUCAGCUUUCAAUUUCACUUUCCCUCCUGAUCUCCGUUCCAUUCUCCGGGAAGGUCUCCCCGUCGGCCCCGCAUUCCCCAAUUGGCGUUCUUCUUCUCAGCAACAGCUUCAGAUUCUUUUAAAUCUUCCCCUUUUGUCCCUGUCAAGAAACGUAGCAGUUAACAACUUUUGGACUGAUUCGUGGGGGCAAAAGCCGCAAGAAAAGAAUCAAACUUUGUCAUUGGUUAAACGAUUAUUAGAGAAAGCGCCGGUUCUUGUUCCUAUAUACAGAAAUUGUUAUAUUCCUUCGGUGCCCAAUAUUGCCGGGAAUCCCGUGUUUUAUAUCGACUGUGAGAAGAUCAAAGUUUUGAGCUUUGACCUCGCGGGGUUUUUCAAAGAAGUUGAAUUCUCGAAAGCCGGCAAUUUUAAAUCCGUUUGUAAUAUAGAUAUGCCUGUUUGGGCGGCGAAAGAGGCUCGGCGGAUUGGGUUUUGGACGGAGGUUGCGGAGAGAGGGAAGAGGGUGGUUGCGCGUGGAGAAACGCGCGGGUGGUGGAACGAUGGUGGUGGAUUGAGGUUAGACUGUUGUUUGGAGGCAGCGUUCUGGAAAUUGAGAGACGGAGGAUGGAGGGAAGAGGAGGUUAGGGAGAUGAUGCUGAUGGACGGCUGUGAUGAAGAUGAUCAGAAGGCGGAGGAGAAGAUUGGGGCCCAAUUGAUAUGGUCCAAUUUCAAAGACCGUAUAGCGUGGCAAAUGAGAGUAUUGUCUUUGGUUUUACUACGUGCGGGGUGGAGCAGGGAAGAAGUGGAGUACUCGCUUAGUCUUGAAGAUUUUGAUCAUUAUGACAGUUCUAAAAUUGAUGGUAAUUUUCUUCAAGGUAUCAAUUCAACUUCGACAGAAUUUCAGCAUCCGAAGAAGAAGAAGAUCAUAAAAAAGGGAAACAAAAAAAAUGUAGGAGUUGAUUAGGAUGUAUUGUAUUGACAUAAAGUGGUUAUUACAUUAAUAGGAAAAUAUUUAUUUAUUAUUUAAUGUGAAUUAGAGACUUCGUUAUUAAGGUUGUCUAUGUUGAAACAUUAAGGCAUUGGAUUUUGUAAUUCUUCAGUUAGUUGGCCAUCUAAAUUUUGCUGCUUCAUACUACCAGUUUUGUAACCAUAUAAAAGAAAACUACAAUGGUAUAUUGCCUUGAAAGGUAAAAUCACUUGACUGCUUCCAA